AUGCAGCUGGGGGUGUUGACUGUGACGACGUCGCGGACGGCGGCGACGGAUGCCAGUGGCGGGGUGUUGGCGGAGGCUUUUGAUGGGGUGUUUGAGCGUGUUGAGCGCGGCGUUGUGGAUGAUGAUGUGGAGGCGAUUCAGGCGGCCAUGCUCUCGUGGAUUCGCGAGUGGGACCCGGACUGCAUACUGACAACCGGUGGAACGGGACUGGACGCUCGCGAUGUCACACCCGAGGCAGUACGCGGGCUGUUGGAUCGGGAAGCACCCGGAAUUGCCACCAUGCUGACGGUUCAAUCUUUGGCCAAGACUCCGAUGGCAGCGCUCUCACGGUUUGUCGCCGGUGUCAAGCGUCAGACCCUGAUCAUCUGUCUGCCUGGCAGCCCAAAAGCCUGCCGUGAGUGCGCUGAAAUGUUGCAUCCCGUGCUGCGCCAUGCCAUCGAUACCAUCCGGGGUCGCAAGCGUGCUGUUCAAAAGGUGCACCAUACGAUGCAAGCUGACACUGCCACAACAGGGAAUCAGGAUCACACCGUGUCGGCUCCCACGCCUCCUGCACACACGGGCUGCAAUUGUGGCCGAGAUGCACCCGUUACGAGCGUGCAGACGAGCGACUAUCCUGUAUUUUAUGCAGCACCUCCGGUUCCCAGUGAAACGGCCUCUGAGCGUGGCUCUGGGGCAGCCGCACGUCACCGCAAAUCUCCCUAUCCCAUGCUGCCCUGGUCCAUGGCUCGCCAGCGUGGCCUGGAGGCGCUUACUCCGCUACGUCCCGUGCAGCGAGACGUGGCAGCAGUAGCACUGCACGAGGUGCUUGCCUCACCCGUCACAAGCACUGUCAACGUUCCCGCCUAUCCAGCCUCUAUCAAGGAUGGCUAUGCCGUCCGGGCUGCUGAUGUUGAUGUGGAAUCGUCCGCCAGCCCUGUUCAGCUGACAGUGCAAGGCGUUAGUACGGCAGGUGCGGGCUGGACCGGUGAGCUGCCAGCUGGGGCGGCGGCUCGGAUCUCGACUGGUGCCCCCGUUCCUGUCGGUGCAGACGCCGUUGUGCAGGUGGAGGACACGCGUCUCAUUGCCACCAAAGAUGGGGGUGCAGAGGAGGCCUGUAUUGAGAUCCUUCAUCCCGUCAGCCAGGGUCAAGAUAUCCGACCUCCGGGCUGUGAUGUGCAGGCCGGAGCGACUAUACUCGAUGCUGGUGUCACCCUCGGUGCCGCCGAAUGUGCAUUGUUGCGAAUGUGUCGUGUGGCAAUGGUGGAUGUGGUGCCACGGCCGACCGUUUGUGUGUUCUCUACCGGGGACGAGCUGAUUGCCGACCCAGCCUCAGCCGAUGAGCAGCGCGCAGACCAGGUCAUUGACACGAACCGACCCAUGCUACUGGAUCUGCUUCGAGCGCAUGGUUUCGAUGUGGUGGACGGUGGUAUUUUACCAGACGAUCGGGAACAACUCGAGGGCCAUUUACGCACCAUGUGCAAUCAAGUUGAUGUCAUGAUCACGUCGGGCGGCGUUUCCAUGGGUAUGCCAACUGUUGAAGGCAAAGGCGCUUUGCUCAAAUCACGGCGCGCGUGCGUGCGCGCGGAUGUGCGUGGAUGUGAGGCUGAACAACCCUCCUUGGCCUCACCCAAGUUGCUGGCUUGGCAGGCGAGAAGGACUUUGUCAAGGACAUGA